UCCAAUUGGAACAUUUCUAUAAUUGUACAUAAAGUAAUUAAGCUUUAGGUUAAUUUGUAUUUUAAAUAAUUAAAGUUCAUUCUAUGACUUAUAAUUUUAGCAGAUAUAAAUUGUUUUACGGAAAACGUAUCAGAUAUGGUUCACACAACCAAUCACGUGUAUCGCGUGUAAAAUUUAUAAAUAGAACAGGUUAUAUGGAUCAUCGCCACAACUUUCUUAUUCUCGUCAACAGAUUUAUAAAAUAAUGGAAGGAUUGCUAUCUGAUUUGGACAAACUUAAUGUUAAAACUGAAGAUGAAUUAUUUAUAGACCAAUUUUCAAAAUUAUCCGCCGGUAAUAGUAACAUUAAUAAACCGACAGAAAAUCAAUCAUUUCCAUAUGCUACUCAUAAAAUGUUUGGUAACGAUAUUUUACCUUCAACAACAACAACAACAACAAAAAGUGUUGAAGAUAUUUUAUAUUCAACAAAAAGUUUAAAAAGUUUUAACACGUCCGCGGUCGGUAACGAAAUUAACGAUAAUAAUGAUAAUGAAAUCGGGUGGUUCCAAACCCCGAAAGUAAAUGAAGAAGACGAAGGUUGGGGAGAUCUACCAGACGUGAACACUAGCGUGGAUUCAAAUCGUAGAUUUGGAAUGAACUCAAUACUUAGCGACGAGAAUCUUAAUUUAACAAGAGCUAACGUAAAUCAAAAAUAUAUUUUUGGAUCAGAAUACAUAUCAAAUAAUAAUAAUUUACAGUUCGGUUUCAGGACGACGAAUAGUGAAACGAAUCGAGGAUUUCCAACAGCAGCAGAAAAUAAUUUUAGAUCAAUUAAUAAAUAGUGUAUACGUUGAAUAGUUAUAAUUAAUGAAUAGGUAAUAAUUGAAUAUUUUGUAGUUCAAAAUACCUCCUGUAUAAU